AUGUCUUUAAUGAAAAAGACUAGAAAUGAUGCAAUUAAGGCUGCGGUCACUUCCUACUUAGAGCGGCGAAAUUAUCCAGAUAUUGAUAUAUUCAGUAAUGGUAAUAAUCUAAGCAUAAGUGCUGAACAAAUGGCUGUUGCUACUAUAGUUCAGUGCGAAGCAAGUCGCGCAAACUCUAUUUUAUACUCUUGCAUCAACAACGAUUCAGGGCAGUACGACGUUCAAUAUACAAGGCUUGUUAACUUUAUAAAAGAAAUAAGAAAUGAAAAAGUUAAAAAUGAGUUAUUGGGCUUAUUAUGUCCAUUGCUUUGUCACUUGUAUUUAGAAAUGUUGCGUGGUGGUCAUGGAGGACCAGCACAGAUGUUUCUUAAGAGACAUAGUGGAACUUUACCCCAAAAAGACUUGUCAUAUCAUCAACCCAUUGAUGGUAACUUGCCAUCCGCUUUGUACAGACCAAAUAGCUUAGAACAACUGUUCAAUUCACUACAAAAUGGAACUAUAGAUAAUGAGACUCCAGAAAAGGACUUGAUGAAUCAGAUAUUAGAUGAUAUUGGUUCAAUUUAUACCCUACAGGAAGUGGAAACUAGACCCUCCAUUGCUGCGUUCAGAUCAUGUAAAUAUGACAUUAGUUUGUCCCAAGAUGCUUUAAAUAUGUUGAAAGCAUAUUUAGCUAAAAAUGGUCAUGUUCUUCUUUUACAAGUGCUACAAACUUGGUUUCAUAUUGACAUCAAUAACGACUCAAGUCAGAAGAAUGCCGAAGAUGAUGAAGAAGAAAUGGAUGAAGAAAUGCACGUUACAGAUACUGUAUCCGACGAAAAGAAUUUAAUUGCAAAUGAUGUAUUUGCUGAAUGCAAUGGACAUGUCGAAUAUAAAGCUAUUGACAAAGAGUUACAAGAUCUUCAAGAUGCGAUAAAGAGCGUGCGAGAAUCAACAACACCAUUAAAAUUAUACAAAAUAGCUGCUCCUGAUACCAAUUUAAUUUGUGCAAAAACAGAUCAGUAUUGUAACAUGUUGUGUGGUGGAUUCAGUAAUUCUGAAAUUAGAGUAUGGGACCUUGGCCAGAACAAUAUCAAAAGAGUUGUUAACCGAAAUAUUUCAGAAGUUGAAUUAGCCUGCUAUGUACCAUACGAUGUUUUACCAGAAGAUGAUGACACUUUACAGAUAGGUACCGGAAUUGCACUAAGAGGCCAUUCUGGACCAGUUCAAGCUGUUAGCGUACUUCCUAGGGAAGACUUGGUAAUUUCGGCUUCACAUGACAAUACUAUGAGGGCAUGGAGAAUAACAGACUAUUCGUGUGCUGCAAUAUACAGAGGGCAUAACUAUCCGAUAUGGUGCAUGGAUAUAUCCAAAAGUGGUCUCUUUGUUGUCACCGGCUCUCAUGAUAGGACAGCAAAAUUAUGGUCAUUAAGUAGAACAUUUCCAAUUAGAGUAUUUGUUGGACACAUGUCUGAUGUCACAUGUGUGAAAUUUCAUCCUAAUGAAGUUUAUAUUGCAACUGGAGGCGCGGAUAGGACCGUGCGGUUAUGGAUGGUAUCUGAUGCUCGUUUAGUACGAGUACUGGUUGGACAUAGGGGUGUAGUAAGGACACUCGCCUUUUCACCGUCCGGCUCAUAUUUAGCAAGCGCUGGUGAUGACAAGAAAAUUAAAGUAUGGGAUCUAGCAGCAUGUACUUGUAUACAUGAGUAUCGAGGUCAUCAUGGGAAGGUUACAGCACUGGAUUGGUCUGAUGUUGGCAAACCUUCUCUGACUAACAGAGUUCUCACAGAUCCCAAUGAUUUGUCUAUUGAUAACUCACUUUUAUGCUCAGCUGGUAUGGACGGGAUUGUUAAAGUUAUGUGGGAUGGUAAUUCCAAAACAAAGCAGAUGUCCAACCAAGACGUUCAACAGUCAACAUAUAACACAAAAUGUUCCUAUUUAGUAGAUGUUCAAGUUCAUCCAGACUGGGUUGUCGCUAUAGGCACUAAAGGAUAA